AUGAAACUGAUAUUAGGAGACUUCAAUGCUAAGGUUGGCCAAGAAACUUUCAUGGCGGAUGUGGCCGCAAAAUUUUCAUUGCAUGAGGAAACAAGUGAUAAUGGCAGAAUGUUGGGACAGUUUGCAGCCUCCUGUAAUAUGAUCAUUGAAAGUACUUACUUCAAACACAAAAGAAUCCACCUUGGAACUUGGUCUGUACCGGGAAGUGAUCAGGUAAAUCAGAUUGACCAUGUACUAGUUGAUAAAAGACAUGCAUCAUCGGUGAUUGAUGUUAGAACACUAAGAGGACCAAAUUGUGAGACAGACCACUUCCUAGUUGGAGUUAAGGUGAGAGAAAGACUGUCUAACCAACAAAUGUCAGAACGAAAGAAGAAUCCGAUGGAAUUCUGA